UGUCGUCCAUUACUGAGUGUGUGUAUCGAGUGGUAAAUAAAAUAAUUGUUUAUUGUAUUUAGAAACGAGAGAUAAUUUAAAUUGUAUUUGACGAAAAUGAAGUCGAAGAAAAGACAUCAUGAUUCUUCUGAAGAAUCCGAGGAUUCAGAAGUUUCUGAAAAAUCAAGUAGCUCCUCCAGCGAAAGUGACUCGUCUGCAUCGGAACACCGGCACAAAAAGAAGAAAAAGCGUGCCGAAUCAUCAGAUUCUGAAAGCGACUCCGAUGAUCAGAAGCGUGCUAAAAAGCGAAAACAUAAGAAAAAAAAGAAGAAGCACACUAAAAAGAAGCGUCGAUCUGUUUCCGUCGAAGACAUCACCGACGACAACAUUUCAAUCAGCGAUGGCGAAAUCUCUUCUAAGAAGAAACGAAAGCAUAAACAUAAACAUUCCAAAAGGGGGCGCAGUUCUUCACCACAAUAUGAAGGUGACGUAAGACCUAUGGAGCGUCGCUUGCACAGUGUAGUAAAAGAGAGACAUCCAUCUCCCGGGGAAAGUCAACAUAAAAAAUCAUAUUAUCAGAAGGAAUACAGGCGUUCAGGCUCGUUAGAGCCGUACGACAGGGAGAGGGAGGUUCAAAGAUUCUAUCGUGGUUCAAGUAAAGAAAAUAGACAACGCUAUCAAGAUAAUUACGAGCGAGAAAAGAGUUCUAGAUAUGCACCACCACCAGAAAAAUAUGAGGGAUCCAGGGAAAGAUAUGACCAAGAUGUGCAAUACCAACACACAUCUGACCCUUAUGAAGCAAGACCUAAGGAGUAUCCACCAGAUUAUAAAAGGCCCCAAAGAUAUGAAGAAGUUGAGUAUCACAGAAAGCCCCGGGAUGACAAUUAUCACAGAGAAGAUCCAAAAGCUCGAUACAAUGCACAUGAGGAGAGAGGCUUCAAUAAAAAGAGAGAAUUUGUAGACAACAGAGAAUAUCGUGACAGACGACCUCCACCUGAGCCUGAACGUUAUCGCGAAAAGGAGUUCCCCGACAGGAGAGAAAGGCUCCCAGAAGAGAGAUACCCUCCAGAACGAAGUCGGGACGUGCGUCGCGAGAGACCGCCGCGUGUUGAAAAGUCUCCGCUGCCGAGUCACAGGAUAUCCAAAUCACGCAGUCCCGAUGAUCGCUACAGAGAGAAGAGACGGGAAGACAAGGACAGGGCGGAGAGAAGAGAGAGGGUGGACAGAAGCAGGAAUGAAAAGGAGGACCGGCCAGAGAGAGCCAGGGAGCCACGUGAAGAAAGAGACAAAAGGCUGCCGGCAGGCCGCUCGCGGGAAAGACGAUCAAGAUUUGAUAAUGCAGACGAAAAGAAAGAGUACAGUUGGGGUAAGACUGAAGUGAAGAAAGAGGGAGACAAUAAGGACGGAGAGAAGGAGAAGCCAAACUUUGGUCUGUCAGGCAAAUUGACAGCUGAUGCGAAUACCGUCAAUGGUGUAGUUAUAAAGUACACAGAACCCGACGAUGCAAAGCAACCUAAACGUAGGUGGAGAUUUUAUCCAUUUAAAGGCGACAAGGCGUUGCCGAUACUAUACAUUCACCGGCAAUCCUGUUUCGUGAUCGGCCGCGAUAAGAAGGUUGUGGAUAUCGCUCUGGACCACCCUUCCAUCAGCAAGCAGCACGCCGCCCUGCAGUACAGGGCCACGCCCUUCGACCGGCCCGACGGCACGCAGGGGCGACGCGUCAGACCCUACAUCAUUGAUCUAGACUCGGCAAACGGAACUUUCGUGAACAACAAGAAGAUCGAUCCUCGUCGCUACGUCGAGCUGUUGGAACGCGACGUGGUCAAGUUCGGGUUCAGCGCGCGCGAGUACGUGCUGCUACACGAGAACAGCCGCGACGACGCGCAAGAUGAUGAUCAACCCGCGCUGCCCACGACGGAUCACAUCAAACAGGUUAAGAGGGUGAAAGAAGAAGAAGCGGCCGACGGUUAAAAUUAAAGAGAAGAAAUGAUUCGUACAUAGAUCGUAUGUUCCUUUCUAUUUAUGUAAAGAGAUUUUUUAAAUAGUUUAUAUUAGUUUAAUUUAAUAGUUAAAAUACUUACUAUGAAAUAUUGCACUGAGUCAAGGGGUUACUAAUUACACUGUUACAAAAAAAUGUAUGAACCAGGGGCUUGAUUCAUUUACGCAUAGUGAAUCAUGCGAGAAGAACAAAACCUACGAGAAUUUCACGCGUGACAGCCAAUAAAUUCUCGCGCGCUAAGCGUUGACCAAUAACUGCGCGGAUGAGCGGAAUUGUGACAUUGUGCAGUUGUCCAAAAUAAGGCAA